GAAUACCACCUCUGCUCCCCUCUGCCACGCUACUCUGCCCACACAAGCAACGUACCGCCCUCCCGCUUGCACUCCCGCGCUCAGCAAUACACAUAACCUCUCGCUCAGAAGUCCAUUCUCGAGCGUUCUCCCUCUGAGCAAGUAGUCCUCUCCACAGUUAUAUGCAGCAUCCUCGAGCCGAUAUUCAUCCAGAUCAGACCUCAUCUCAGCACACUACCUACUCCAACGACACCUUGGCAUCGGCCCAGCAUGGCUUCAGCAGCAACCCAACAGGCCCGCGCGUACACCUGCAGGAAUCUCAUCAGCUGCCCAGUGAUUCCGACGACGAGGAGCACGAUGAUGACCUUCUUAGCAAAACCGUAGUCCUCCCACCUUCUCGGUCGCCCCUGGAGCCAGCGCCUGGCGCGGAGGAUACCCCACACAACCACGAUCUGGUCAACGAUGAACUCUCGCAAGCUUCUCCGAGCAGAACGCGUCCUAUCACUUCUCGUCGCAGCGCGUCCAGCACCUCUUCUUCCUCUGAUCUGGAAGAAGUGGCGAUCCCGCGAAGCUACGUAGCUCUUCUUCCACCCGAGACUUUAACGCGUAUUCUUGCUCUCCUGGACCCAGCUCAUCUAGUCAAAGCUUCACUCGUCUGCAGGAAGUGGGCUACCAUAGCCCGGGACGAUGCUACUUGGAGGCUCGCUUUCUGCAAGGCCUUCGGACUAGGUGGAGGCGGAGGGGGAGUGAUGAGGAGGACAGACGUGUCGUCGUGGAAGGCAGAAUGUCGAACCAGAAUAGAUCUACUGAGACGCUGGCGCAAGUCUCGCUCUCCAGCAAUCUCUUCUGACAUGCGGGUGGCCAACAUCCAUUCCCUAGCUCUAUCUUCCAAGCAUGCUUUCCUACUUUCUGCCUCUUCCUCUUAUGGAGUCGCUUCUCGCUCAGACCCUUUCCGAGGCAAGGUAGCUCGCGGCUUCCUCGAUGCAGCAGGUCUUCUGAACGGAGGAGGCAUUGGCAACCCCAACACGGAGUUCUCGCCCGAUGUCUCGUGUCUCGCUAUUGGCGCAGAUGCAAAUAAGAUCGUCUGGGGCUUCAAGAACGGCAGCAUAGCCAUCACCUCUCUGGGUAGGCAAGGAUCCAACCCCCAUGGCCUAGUAAGGAAUGUCAAAUUCUCCCCUCGCGGCAACCACUUGGCAGAAGUAGGCGCAAUUGCCUUUGAUCAUUCCAUCAGAGGUCAGCGCAGACGCUCACAAGCCCGGCAGGUGGCUCUCGGGCCAGCAGCAGAGUGCUUCGUCACUGGUGGAGCUGAUGGCACUGUCAGGCUCUGGAGCCCGGACAGAGCUUUACCCAUCUGGAUUGGCACCACAGUGCUUGAGGCCAGCGAUGAGGCGACCUCUGACGAACAGGACGUUCCUCGCCGGCGGGCUACUGCUUUGCCCUCGAGUGUCACAAAGCUGGACUUCGAUGCCGAUCGCGGAAUCAUCGCAGCCGGAACAGCGUCUGGCCAAGUCUACUUCUGGACGCAGAUUGAUGUCAGCUCGCUGCUUUCGCUCUCGGGCAGAGCUUGGUCCGACAACGAUGGUGCAGAGCCAGAGAUCACGACCGUCAAGCAAGACGCUGCUAGGAAAGCAUUCAAAGAGGAGAUGGCCAGAGUCCGCAAGCUCGUCAUCAACCCCGAAGAGGAGGAGACCAGCCAGCAGAGGCGACAGAUAGAUGGCAGUGGCCAAGUAGAGUAUCUGUGCAUCUCUGCUGUGGGCAGUCUGCAGACACGCUUGAUCAUACAUCGCAAGGGCUCGUCUUCUCUGGAGUAUCACUCGGUGAUGGAGACCUCCGAAGGCAGCCGCGUUAGUACGAAGCUCCUGGCAAUGACGGGAACUCCGGAAGGGCGGCAACUGGGCGGCGAAGGCUACAUCACCUGCGUGCGAGUCGAGCUGCGUGCUGCGAAUGCCGAGAACGGGACACAAUCUUCACUCGGCACGCCUGCUCAGUCUCCCCUCCUGCGCCCCACAUUCAGCGAGGCUAUCAAGGAGAAUGGCGAUGCUAUCGGGUCUCCCCAAAUGCGACCGCUCACCCUCGAGACACCACCGGCCAGGAAUCUUUCUUCAGGUCACUAUGCUGAGAAGGACUUUGUGUGUGCUGGCACAUCCUCUGGCUGUCUAGUCGGGUGGGUCCUGCCAUCAUUCGAGGAUCAAAACGCUUCGGUCGCAUCUCCCUGUAGCCCUCGCUCAUCACCGACCUUCGUUCUCGACUGCCAUCACGCUGCCAUCACCUCACUGGACGUGGCACCUCACCUCUUUGUGGUCGGCACGAUCGAUGGACAGCUCAAGGCUUUCGAUUCGCUCACUGGUGAACCAUUGAGGACAUGGACGGACAGAAUGGCAACGAAGCAUCUCGCACGCCAGCUACUCGAUCCCGCGCAGGCUCAGCAGGGAAGUCUGAGCACCGAUGAGAGGGAGCGCUUCACUGUCAAGCAGAUCUUAGUCGACGAAGAGUGGCUUGUGGCUGCCAUUGGUCCUUGGGUCCUGGCUUGGCGUCCAGAGAGCGCCUUGAGCGGCCAUCAGAAGCGACACGCUCCUCGUCUUGCAUCUCCGCAUUCCAACGGCACCCCUCCUGCAGGGCGUCGGACAAGCGGCAUGCCACCUCUCAGCAAGUACGCUCGAAUGAAGGAGCUCAAGACUGAGCUGGCCGAGAGUUCUCUCAUUCUCGAAAGGGAGAAGGCUUCUCGGCAAGAGUCGUAUGAGCGUUUGAGGUUCGCUCGCGGCUCGCAAGAAGUGGGCGGCUUGAGCGAGGAGGAAGCUCUGGAGUACGCCAUGAUGCUCUCUCGUCAGGAAGCGGAAGAGCAAGCUCAGAGAAAGGAGCGCGGUGAAGACGAGGUAGAAAGCACGCAGCUGAGCGAGCUAGCUAGGAUCAGAAAGGAGGACAGGGAGCUGCAAGACGCCCUAGAACAAAUCGCCUUAGCCGAAGCUGAGGAGAGCCGAGCGGGCAUGAGCUCAAGAGGCGCUUCUCCAGGCUCACGAGCGUCACGCUCUUCAAGCGAAGCAGAUGACCUCUCUGCCUACGAGGGAGAAGACUACGAAGGCGAAGGCGAAGACGGAGAUGAGGAAUUCCAGUCUCGGUACCUCUCUCCAUCGCCUCACGCCUCUCCUCUGCUUUCUCCUCGAUCGCCAGGCUCCUCGAACUCCCGCGCAUGGGACAUUCUGCGCUCCUCCCGCUCGCUCUCCAGCUCAGGAGCCGCAUCACCUCUCCCCUUGUCUACCUCCGCGAGCAGGUCUAGGUGGGGCGAGCACACGAAGGUACAGACGGUACGAGUACCCAGAGAGUCUUGGUCGCCUCAGGUCCUCCCAGCUGCUAAUGGUAGGAGCCUGCCUGCUGGCUCAGCAGACGGUGGGCAGGAAGAAGACUGGCCGACAUUGCAGAGUGGGUCGUACUCUUCAUCACAGCAGAGCCUAUCGCCACUUGCACAGGAGGCUUUCAGCCUCGACGAUGAGAUCGAUCCGAUGAGUAUGGUCUCUGACUCAGGCAAAGGCAAAGGCAAAGCAGACGACGACGAUCCCUCGUCACCACCUGUGAAUCUACCUCCGCCAAUCUCGCCGACCCCUCAACAAGCAUCUUUCUUCCCUGGCCCACCAGGCACGCCCCUUUCCCCACAUCAGCCAGCCGUGAGCACCCCGAGCGUACAAGGCGCCUGGGCCAAGGGCACUCCAAGCUUCAAGAACGCCGCUGCUGCUGCUACCGUCAAUGGCAGCUCUUCACCUUGGAGCGCAAGAGGCGGCGGUGGGUUUGCACCUCCUGCUGCUGCCGGAGCAGGAGGAGGCGGAUUUGCCCAUCGGAACGCUACCGCGUCGAGCAGAUCGGGAGACGAUUUUGACGAGGAUCUGAGGUUUGCGAUCGAGCUGAGCUUGGCGGAGGAGAGAUCGAGGGGAUGAAGGUCAGACAAGGGGAAAUGCUUUUGAGGGGUACGGCGGCAUUGUUUAGACUGUCUCUUUGUCAUUGUGUACAGCGUCCGAACUCAGCCUCGGGUCAGACCUGCUCACCCAAUCGCCAUACUAUCCACAGUAUCUAAUCCAUCGCCCGUCUCUCUUCCAAUCUGCCUGUCUAUGCCAUGCACUGCAUAUUUCUCCUCUCAUCCGACACAAUCGCAUGCCCC